CGCUCUUCCACUGGUUUUCUCUCAUAUUCAUUAAAGUUGCCGUUAUGUCUACUACUACAAAUGGUGGCUAGCAGCCGUUUUCUUUAAUAAACUAAAAAACCUUAGAUACAGAAAUCCAUAAUAAAACCAAAAAAAAAAAAAGGAGUGUCAAGCUUUAAAUUCACUGGAUAUUUUACAAUCAUAUUACAUUGGUCUUCACUGUUUAAUUAACGAUCAACCCUCAUUAAUGCAUAUGUAGUAGAUUUCAUAUUUUAUAUUUAUAUAAAUAUAUAAAUUCAUUUGCUGGCUUACAGCAGCAAACGUUUGUCAAAAUUCCUCGGACUGUUUAUUUUCCUUCAUCCUUCAUUAUACAAAGAAAUCACAAAUUUUGAACAUUCAAGGACAUAUUUUUUAUUCCAAACGGAUCUUUUUCUACCCAUACGAUAUUGGUAUAUUGAUCAUUCGUGUGUAGUGUAAUAGUGUAUAUACAUAUAUAUAUACACACACACACUCACGCGUACUCACCUACAUAAGCACCAAAGCACUCACAUUCAGUUUGUUUGUAUCGUGGUUCUUGACUGAUUGUUAAGAAUGCCUGAGCUGGUUAUGGACACAGAGUUGGCGAUGUCUGGACUAGUCGAGCUGAAACCCUACAAUCACCAAGUAGGGGGUCAUUGCUCAGUCCUUCACUUCAAUGAUACAACCCUUUGCAAACCUCUCACCUCUCGCGAGCGUUAUUUCUAUGAAACUCUACCCCCAGAGUUGAAGGAAUUUACUCCAACUUACAGAGGUGUUAUGCAAGUACAAAUAAUUGAAGAUAACGAUACUCAUGUGACCUUAGUAGGUAUUCCACCCAAAUCCCUGACUCAGAAGCACUCACCUGUUCAUCAUCGUUCUUCGACUUUACCGUGCUCGCCUGUAGUACCAUCUGAUCCCGAGACAGAAUCCAAACAAAGCCUCAUCCGACAGCAACAACAAAAACAGUCAGAAAGAAAUGGUUCUUUCAGCAUUCAUCUGUUGCGAAGCUCCAGUUUAGAUAUGGCUGCACGACGGAAUUCUUCCCGGGCGGAUAAGAAGAUAGUACAUACCGAUGAUGAUGAUGAUGAUGAUGAUGAGGAUGAGCACGAUGAAGAUGACGAAGAGGAAGAAGAAGAUGUAUUUGAUGUUCAUCGACAGGACAACUUCCAUCCUUCAUGGAGUAUACGGUGUCCGAAAAUGCAGUUGUCAAAAUUAUUGAAAUCUGGACACUCAGACUGUUACAAAUUUAUAUUGUUGGAGAAUGUUGCUGCCAAGUUCCAUUAUCCUUGUGUUCUUGAUCUUAAGAUGGGUCCACGACAACAUGGAGAUGAUCAGUCUGAAGAGAAGAAACAGAAAAAGAUUUUACGGUGUAAAGAAAGUACAUCAAGUUCUCUUGGCGUCAGAGUCUGUGGAAUGAAGGUUUACCAUGUAGAUAAAGGGCAGUAUGUGUACCAAGACAAGUAUGAUGGCCGUUCUUUGAAUGUUGAAGGUUUCAAAGAGACUCUGUACAAGUUCUUACACAACGGUGUUGAGGCACGUCUUGAUUUAAUUGAACCUAUUAUUUGGCGGCUAAAGCAGCUGUAUAAAAUGGUUGAAAAGCGAGAUACAUUCCGAUUUUAUACCAGCUCGUUACUGGUCAUGUAUGAUGGCUUAACAGAAACACCAAGCAGUCGUCAUCAUCAUCACCAUCAUCAUCACCAUCAUCAUCACACUUCUCUACUGGAUAACAGUUCGCCAGAAGAACACAGUUAUGGAAUGAAACAUGUGUGGCAUGACCACUAUCCUGAAGUGGAAGUACGCAUGAUUGAUUUUGCACAUUCCACUCACCGUGGGUUCCGUGAAGACAAGAUCACUCACCGAGGCCCCGACCAAGGAUAUUUAUUUGGACUUAGUAAUCUCAUUCUUUCUUUUAAGGAAGUUCUCGAUCGUUAUUCCCCCAGUUGCCAACAAUGCCACAGCUGAUAUGAACUGGGUAGAGCAUGCAAGAAAAAGAAAAUGUAAACCAAGAAGCUAUGCCAGAAAGGAUCUUCAUUGUUAACUCUUUAAAUAGAACAGAAGAUAAACUAUACUGUUGCAUUAAAGAACUCUUAGAGAUCAGUAUGUGAAGAAUCUUCUAGAAUGUAAAAAAAAAUUGAAAUAACAGAAUGGAAAAAAAAUGGCCCUGAACGAAUAAACCAAUACAUGUAGCACUUACAUUCACAUGGUGAACUGCAGGGUUAAUGAUAACAAUAAUUGAAGGUUAGCAAAUCUAAGAAUUCUUUACCAUAUCAGUGAUCUAAAGACGAAUGGAUGUUGCAUUCUGGGACUGAUAUGAGUAAAAGAAAAAAGAAAACAAACCCCAAAAUGGCAUAGUCCAGUAGCUUCAUACAAUGGAAUACACACCUUAGCUGCCAAUAUUUGCAGUGAUUUCUUGCCAUUUUAGCACCAAGUUACUUUUCUUUCUAGGUGUCCCUGUGUGCCGACCCUGAAAAGUAGCAAUUGCUAAGAUUAGUACCUGGAUCAAAUUAAGUUGACCUCACGGGUUAUUAUUAUUAUCAUUAUUAUUAUCAUUAUUAUUAUUAUUAUUUUAAUUUUAUUUUAUUUCUAUUUUAUGAACUUCAGUUAAUAACAUGUCUUUUUUUUUUUUGUAAUGUGAUAAAAAAAGAAUUAAAAAAAUAGUGAAAGGAUCAAAAUUCUUAGACUGAGAGCAAUGUUGAAUUAUGAACACUGCAAAGAAUAUAUUGAUCCAAAUCUUGCAACUUAUCUGUAUCAGAAGAGAUUUGCAAAACAAGACAAUAAUAAUAAUAAUAAUAAAAAAAAAAUGAAUGUAAAAAAAAAAAAGAGUUGAAAUACAAGGGAAAUAUUUUCAUGGGAUUGAAAUGAAACAAUGAACUUGACUGGAACAAUUCUUCCUCAUGAAACUACUAACAUGUUUUAGUUUCUUUGACAGUUUUUUUUUUUUCGAAAUAGUCCACAAACUAGUUCGACUUGUUGGUAAUUUGUCCAAACGUUAUUUGUCUCUCUUUCUCCCUUUCCUCUCCAGACUAAACGAACAUUUUAAGACACAGACAGGUAUUUCCUGAACGAGAACAAUGGCAAUAACGAAGAGCGUCUAGGUGACAACAUAUCUAAAAAGAUGACGAUGAUAACAAUAAUCUACUUAUUGUCUUGGGGGAGAUGAAAACUGUCGAAAAUAAACAGAAAUAUUGGUGAAUGUUCAAAUCAACAUUUUUAAAGGGUCGAAUUUGCUGAAUCAAGGAUUUGGGUUUUUUUUUUUAAAAAAAAAGAAUUAAAUUUUUUUUUUUCGGGAGGUAAUUAAUUGGUUUCAGUUUCUAUAUUUUUAAAUUCCUUUAAAAUAUUCCACAAUCUUAACCCUAUCACAAGAAAUGCUUGUUUCUGUGAAACAUCAGACAAAUAUGUAAUACUACAAACUAGGAUGUGGCUUUGGUGGCCACGAACUCCUGUAUUUUAGUUUUGUCUGUUUGAGUAGGUUUGUAGUCUUCAUGUUUUGUGUUUGUACAUGGGACAUAUAUGAACUUAUUUACUUAUUGAACUCUGUGUCAGCAGAACAAAUAUAAAAUACAGAAUUAGUCUUGUUAGAAUUAUACCUCUGCCAAAGUCUAUCUCCUUUGUAUUUAUAUUAAUGCUGUUAUGGAUCAGGAAUUUCUUAUGCAUAUAAGACUUUCCUCUAUGUGGUUGCUUGACCUGCUAGAAAUAGCAAUGAAUCUCUCUCAAAUUACACUCUGCUGUAUUAAAGAAUGAACAUCACAUGGACAGUGUUGUCCAAGGUAUAUAUAUAUAUUUAUACACACAGAAAGAUGGAAUAGUCAUGGCUGGAAAGCCUUUGAUAAUAGGUCUGCUCGUUCAAAACAGUCCCCAAGAUAUACAGCAACUACCACUUUCAAGAGAACACAUAUAUAUAUAUUCAUGUGGUGGAAAUUUGAUCCUCUCCGAGCUGCAUGUAAUAAGUUGAAGGAUCGCAUAUAUGUCUCCGUGUGAGAGAAUAUAUGACAAAAAGAAAAGCAAAACAAAUACAAACACACAGAUAAAGUAAUGGCGAGGUGUUAGUAGUAGUACUACUACAGUUAGUCCUCUGUAUCAUUAGUUAGUUCAUCAUGUGAGUAUGUGUACCAUUAGUUAGUUCAGUAUCGGUCUUGCUCCCAGUAAUUGUGUGCCAGCUUGCAAGCAGAACAAAUUAUAAAACUAUGGCCAAUUGCUGUGGGGUUUUCUCCCCUUUCUUCCAUUUAGAACAAACUUACUUUGUACAGGGCCCUCUUAAUGAUUUUAUUAGUUGUCGUUUCACCUACAGGAGUGCCAUUGACUCAUCUCUCUUCAAGGGCAAAUAACUAUGUUAAUAAGUAAAAGAGGGGAGGUCUGUGGCACCGAUACAUUCAACAAUCUUCAAGUAUCCAUAUAAAGAAAAAUAAAGCAACUGAAAAGAAAAUUCAAACUGAAGCGUGAAAUGACUUUUCACAAAAAAAAAAGAGAUAAAAAAAGCAAAGCCAAAAAGGAAACACCCAUAUAUGAAAAAAAAAAAAAAAAUUAUAAAGAAAAGUUAAAUGACAUAUAAAAGUAAUGUUUUCCUUUUUAAACUGUGAAAAUUCACACUGCUGAUCUCUGACCUCUGCACAAAAUUCUCUUCAUUUAGUUUGUGAAGUUAUAACUCUUUCUCUCUUUUUUUUUCAUAUUCCUUGUCAGCACACUCUGUCUCUGGUCAAGCGAUUUUAAAUUCUCACUAUGGCAGGCACCACAAUCAGAAUGACCAAAAUUCAUAGUUGGGACGAGAUAAAAUUAUAUAUAUAUAUAUAUAAAUAUAUAUAUAUAUGUGUGUGUGUGUAUUAUAUAUAUGUAUAUAUAUAUAUAUAUAUAUAUAUAUACACACACACACACAUACACACACACAUGAAGGAACAAAGCAUAAAAUAUAAGAGAAUAUAACUGGAAAAAGAAAUGGUUUGCUGUUCAAAGGACGCACAGACAUAUUAAAGAAUGAAAAGAAUCAUGAUCUGGACCACUGCCAUUUGUCAACUUACCAAAUGUACAUAGGAACUUCCCCCACCCCCCCGUCUCAUUUUUGCUACCUCUUUUGUUUCCAGACCUCACCUCUUUAACUCUUAUUUCUCUUGCCUCCUCCUCCUUCUCUCUCUCUCGCUCUCUCUUUCACCUUACUACAAACAUUAUUUUUAAUUAGUGUGAGGCUAAUUAUGUUUCAGGACCCUCCUCCCCACACAAAUAGGGUCCUAUCACAUGUUUUUAAAAUGUUUUUUUUUUUACUUAUUGAAUGCUCAUUUAUUUCUUAAAACUUACAAAAAUAUUAA